UAUCGACACAUCUAUCGCCGACAUGAAUCAAACCACCCAAGGGAGCCUUUCUGCCCCUGAUGCCACGAGAUACCACCCAGAAACACCGGACUCUAUGCAUGUGCAGCAAAGCAGCAAAACCGAUUGGAACGAGGCCAAUAAGAGAACACAUCACACAGCUGAUCCUGCGACGCAUCGACCAAGCCAACAGUACGAGCCAGUUCAAGAGGGCGACGAUGUGGUGCUACGGGAUUUUGCCCGUACAAAAUCCCAGCAAGGCCACAAGUUUGUCUCCACCUUGGCAAGCAUGCGAUCUUCCGAUACCAACACCACCAACGACAACCCGGAGGAUGAUUCAGAGCUGAAUUUUACCAGCGGUAGAUUUGACCUGCACAAGUACCUCCGCAGAACCUUGGCUAUACUUGAAACGGAGAGCAUGGUACUCAAACAGGCAGAUGUGGUGAUGAAAAACGUCAACGUGUCUGGCAGCGGUAGGGCACUGAAGCUCCAGGACACUGUCAGCGGCAUACUCAUGACUCCUUUUCGGAUUCGCGAGUCUUUCAGUAACACCGAGCCCAAACAUAUACUACGGAACUGUGACGCCAUAUUGAAGCAUGGCGAACUUCUCGUUGUUCUCGGCAGACCUGGUGCCGGAUGUAGCACGUUCCUCAAGGCUAUGACUGGCGAGAUGCAUAAUUUGAAAUUCAAAGAAGGCUCAAUCGUCCACUAUUCCGGCAUAGCACAGGAGACCAUGACAAAAGAAUUCAACGGCGAGGUCAACUACAACCAAGAAAUCGACAAGCACUUUCCCCAUCUUACAGUGGGCCAAACUCUCGAGCAUGCUGCUGCAUUGCGUGUGCCAAACAUGCCAUUGGCAGGUCGCUCGAGGAAAGAGAUGAUACAACAUAUGGUUCAGGUCAUCAUGGCUGUCUACGGCUUGUCUCAUACGUACAACACCAAGCUUGGAAACGACUUUGUCCGCGGGGUCUCUGGAGGUGAACGCAAACGUGUUAGUAUCGCUGAGAUGGCUCUUGCUUGUUCGCCUAUCAAUGCCUGGGAUAAUAGCACGAGAGGCCUCGACUCUGCUUCGGCUUUGCAAUUCGUCAAGGCGUUGAGACAGAGCAGCAAUAUCAUGAAUACUACUCAUGCUGUCGCAAUCUACCAAGCGAGUCAGCCCAUUUACGACCUAUCCGACAGAGCGAUGGUCCUGUACGAGGGUCGACAGAUCUUCUAUGGGCCUGCAUCACGCGCAGAGGCUUAUUUUGAAGAGAUGGGCUGGGAAUGUCCCUCUCGACAAACGACUGGCGAAUUUCUUACCAGCGUCACGAAUCCUAUCGAGAGAAGAGCGAGGGAAGGUUUCGAGUCCAAGGUGCCACGUACCCCUGACGAGUUCGAAGCUUACUGGCAGCAGAGUGUCGAGUAUUUGAAUCUGAAGCAAGAGAUUGAUGAUGCAGAGGCAAAGUUGGCCAGUGAUGCAAACUCGGGCUUGACCAUGCUCCGCGCCGCCAAAGAAUUCCAGCAAGGAAAGUUUGCCAGGAAANAGUCGCCGUAUGUCGCCACCAUUGGGACUCAAAUCAAGAUGAAUUUGAUCAGGGCUGUCAACCGAGCAUGGAACGACAAAGCGUCUACCCUGGCUCCAAUCGGAACUAACAUCAUCAUGGCUCUUAUCAUCGGAAGUGUCUUCUACGGAACUCCUGAAGCGACUGCUGGCUUCGGCUCUACAGGAGCAGUUCUUUUCUUCGCGAUCCUCCUGAGUGCUCUUGGAGCCCUCGCAGAAAUUGUUGGUCUGUAUUCUCAGCGACCAGUCAUUGAGAAGCACAAGUCGUAUGCCUUUNACCACCCCUGGACUGAAGCCAUGGCCGGUUUUGUGAUGGAUAUCCCAAUCAAGUUCUGUAUCACGGUCGCGUUCGAUAUAGUCAUCUACUUCAUGGCUGGACUACGUUCUAGUGCUGGGAACUUUUUGNUUUUCCUGCUUGUCACAUACAUGAUAAACUUCAUCAUGGCUGCCGUCUUUCGCACCGUGGCUGCCCUCACCAAGACUCUAUCACAGGCCAUGGCACUGUCUGGUGUUCUUGUCCUUGCCAUCAUAAAUUACACUGGCUACUCCUUGCCCGUGCCUUACAUGCACCCCUGGUUUAGCUGGAUUCGAUACAUCAAUCCUGUUCAGUAUGCCUUUGAGAUGCUCGUUGCGAAUCAAUUCCAUGGUAGGAACUUCACUUGCUCUGCUAUCAUCCCGCCUUACUCACCUCCCCAUGGCGAAUCUUGGAUAUGCAGUUCCACUGGAGCUGUCUCAGGUCAAGAUUAUGUGAGUGGCGAUGCAUAUAUUGCUGCCGCAUACGGAUAUACGCACGCCCACAUGUGGCGAAAUCUGGGUAUCCUCUUCGCGUUCUUGAUUGCUUUUUGUAUCAUAUAUCUCCUUGCAGUCGAGCUCAACUCAUCCACAGCAUCCACAGCAGAAUCAUUGGUAUUCCGUCGAGGUCGCGCACCAGGCUACCUGCUGGUUGAUCAGGCCAACUCUAAGGACGAAGAGUCUGGCGAAAAGGCUGUUCAGGCUGCUACCGAUGAGAACACUGGAAAGCUAGAUCUUCUACCGGCACAAAAGGACAUUUUCAGCUGGCACAAUAUUGUUUACGACAUCGAAAUCAAAGGAGAACCUCGCCGUUUGCUCGACCACGUAUCAGGAUGGGUGAAGCCCGGCACACUUACAGCGCUCAUGGGUAGUUCUGGAGCAGGAAAAACAACCUUGCUAGAUGAGUCAUCACCGGCGAUAUGUUCGUCAACAGCAGAUCGCUCGGUCGCAGCUUCCAGCGCAAGACAGGUUAUGGUCUGUUCAGAUUCUGCUCUGCAUGAAAAAGCACUCUCUAAUCAGGCUGCANNGUCCAACAACAAGAUCUCCAUCUGGAAACUUCCACCGUUCGUGAAUCGCUUCGAUUUUCUGCCAUGCUUCGUCAGCCAAAAUCCGGAAAAGUACGACUACGUCGAGAGUGUUAUAGAGAUGCUUGGGAUGCAAGAUUUUGCCGAAGCCAUAAUCGGCGUGCCCGGACAAGGUCUAAACGUGGAACAACGCAAGUUACUGACCAUAGGAGUCGAGUUAGCCGCUCGCCCAAAGCUACACGACGAAAACCCAGCAGAAUACAUGCUCGAAGUGGUGACCGACCCCAACGUCGAUUGGCACGAACACUGGAAGAACAGUGCUGAGUUUACUGCGGUCGAGAAUGAGCUGCAGAAGAUCGUCAACGAAGACAAGCCCAACAUCGCUAGAACCACUCAAGAGGAAGAAGAAGGAUCCCGCUCAGAAUUCGCCAUGCCUUUCUCCAGCCAGCUAUAUUCAGUGACUCUACGCGUCUUCCAACAAUACUGGAGAACACCGUCUUACAUUCUAGCGAAAUUCGUUCUUUGCAUUGCGGCUGGUCUUUUCAUCGGGUUUUCCUUCUACGAUGCUAAUGUGACGCAGCAAGGAAUGCAGAAUGUUCUCUACAGUCUUUUCAUGGUGGCCUCACUCUUCAGUACUGUUGUCCAACAGAUCCAGCCUUACUUUGUCACUCAACGUGACUUGUACGAAGUCCGAGAGAGACCUAGCAAAGCUUACAGCUGGAAAGCGUUCAUUCUUGCCCAGAUACUCGUCGAGAUACCAUACCAGAUUAUCAGCGGUCUUCUCAUAUACGCCUGCUUCUUCUAUCCGGUCGUUGGCAUACCCUCCUCGGAGCGACAGAUCCUUGUGAUGCUAUUCUGCAUCGCACUGUUCAUCUACGCAUCUACAUUCGCCCAUAUGCUCAUUGCAGCCCUACCAAAUGCGGAAGUUGCAGCAGCUUUCGUCGUCUUGCUUUUCGCAUUGAGUCUAAUCUUCUGUGGUGUGAUUCAGUCACCUGCAGCUCUACCAGGCUUUUGGAUCUUUUUGUACAGGGUCUCUUUCUUUACAUAUUGGAUCAAGGGAAUGGCAGCUGCUAUGCUCUGGGACCGUGCUGUGACAUGCGCAUCAGCUGAACUCAGUAUCUUCAAUCCGCCAUCUGGUAUGACAUGUGGCGCGUACCUCGAGCCUUACCUGCAGAUGGCCCCUGGCCAUCUUCAAACCCCCUCAGCCACUAGCAAUUGCAGUUACUGUGCAUUAUCAAGUGCCAACCAGUAUCUGAGCCCCUCUGGCAUCGAGUGGUCUGGUCGAUGGGCGAACUUUGGCUAUCUUUGGGUCUACAUUGUGUUCAACAUCGCUGUUCCCAUCGCACUAUAUUGGUUCUUCAGAGCAAGAAAGAUGUCAAGGAAUAAGCAG